GGGCGCCAUGGGCGGCCUCUUCGGGCGCGCGGCGCUGCGGCGGCUCCUGGGCGGCCCGCGCGCGCCGCUGCGCCCCUGCUCGGGAGAGCCCUCCUGGCCCCGGGAGCGGACCCUGGUUGCGGUGAAGCCGGACGGGGUUCAGCGGCGACUCGUGGGCGAGGUGAUCCAGCGCUUUGAGAGACGAGGCUUCAGGCUGGUGGGGAUGAAGAUGCUGCAGGUGCCCGAGAGCAUCCUCACUGAGCACUACCAGGACCUGCAGGGGAAGCCGUUCUACCCAGCCCUCAUCCGCUACAUGAGCUCCGGGCCUGUGGUGGCCAUGGUCUGGGAGGGCCACAACGUGGUGCGCGCCUCAAGGGCCAUGAUAGGAAACACCGACUCCUGCGAGGCCGCGCCCGGCACCAUCCGGGGCGACUUCAGUGUACACAUCAGCCGGAACGUCAUCCAUGCCAGUGACUCUGUGGAGGGGGCCCAGAGAGAGAUCCGGCUGUGGUUCCGGAGCGGUGAGCUGCUGGACUGGGUAGCCGGGGACCACCAGAGCUGCACCUAUCCAGCCUGAGGGCCCACGCUGCCCCUGGACGCUUCAGUGGCCACCCAGGACCAACUACCUCGGUCAACAAGAACUCAGGCCACACCCACACCUGACUACCCCAGCCACUUCCUGUUCGCUUGCUGCCCAGAGAAGUUUGAGCCCCAAGUGUAUGUGCCUUUCCACAGUUGAAGCCAGCCUAAGAUUGGACCCAGUCCUCUCCAGAGAGCCAGGGCACCCGCGGGGGCCCCCUCUCUCCCAGAGGAGACAUUAAAGUUCACUGUGGCCUA